GCACCGGUACGUACCGGUACUGAAAUUAGCGGUACUUGCCCACCACUACUAACUGCCAACUGUGAACUGACUGAGUAAGCCUACUCGUCGUGUACUCGUACAGGUCUCUCUUUCCUUCACCCAAGCCCGUGUGUUGGACUGUUGGCACUGUUAGGCUUGUUCUUAGGAAUUGGACUAUUCCAUUAAUGUCUGGGUGGUUGUGCGGCAUGCACCGCCUUCUUCCCCAACAAAAUACCGAAAAAAAAUCUUUACUCUUUAGUUUGAAGGCCUGUAUUACAUUUUCAACGCAUAAAUUGAACAUGUAAUUGAAUUAUGAAAACGGAGUAAACCGAGUAGUACUCACUCAAAUCCAAAAACCGAGUAAACCGAGUACUACUCGGACCAAAACUGCCAUCCCUAAUGAGAGACUCGUGAGGCGUGACCGCCUGGAGUGGCGCCAGAGGGUAGGCGAGACGACGUGCCCCCUGGCGUAUGCCUCCAAUGAUUGAUUGUAGACCAAGCUGCCCUUGUUUACAUUUGGCGCCACGGCCCACGAGUCACACGACACAGAGGCCCCACACCGGUGACACCCACUCCUCCAGCCUGACAGGCAACAACGGUCCCUCUAGGAGUACGCGUCAGCACUCACCAAACUGCACAUCACCCUCAGGAAACUUCGUGACUACUUAAGAUUGUUAGUGAUGGUGAAGUGUGCAGCAAUCAACUGUCAUUCUGGGUACAGGCCCACCAAGGCAGAAAAGACAAAUAAUGUAUCUAUCGCAGAAGAAAUCGACGCACCCAACAAAUCCUGACGCUCGAUGGCGCCACGGUUUUAUUUCGGCAUGCCAAUUCUAUACAAAAUUUAUUUGACAAAUAAUACCUACCUGGCAACUCUCCGCUUGCAAGUGUCAUAUAUUUAAAUUGUGAGUGACUAGUAACCGUCACACCGGCUUAGUGGGAGGGUGAGCCUGGUGAGGUGAUGUCCGCGCUCCCCUCCUACGCUUGUGACACAAGCUGCUCAUUGUUUUACCGCUGGCAUCUUCCAUUACGCUUAAAAUGGGACCUACCAAGCUGGACAUGCAGGAGAAGAGCAUGAUUAUGGCUUUGGUUGGCGAAGGAUUAAGCAACCGGGAAAUUGGAAGAAAAUUAAGAAGAUCAGAGUCUGCUAUCCGUCGCACCAAGAAAGCUGCUGCCGUGCUGGGGUCAGGUGCAGUGCCGGAAAGGAAGAAAGGGACAGGCAGAAAGAGGAAGACACACCCAAGGACUGACAAGCUGCUGGAGCGUGAAGUGAAAAAAGACCCUUUCAUCACUGCCAAGGAACUGAAGGAAGAACACGCCAAUGUGUUGGGAGAGGUGUCAGUGCGAACGAUACAGGAUCGUCUGCAGAAACACCUCAAGUUGCCAUGUCGUCGCACUGCUCGCAAACCUCUCCUUACUGAGAAAAUGAAGAAGCAGAGACUUGAUUUCUGUAAAAGAGGUAAGAAGGUGUAUGCCCUAGAAAAGAGAGAAGCCAUGCAGAGAGGAAGACUUUCAAAGCCUGAGGAAGGGAAAGCCAGCAUGACGAAUCUGCAAAUCUUGUCCAUCAUUAAAGAAGAAUUUGAUGAAAAUGUAUUGGAUUGUGAUCCAUUAUCCUGUACAAACAACAGUCCUACCACUAUGGAUCUUCAGCAGCCUGAAGACCACAUUCCGUUUAUGGACACCAGUAGUACAAAACCUGACAGUGAAUGGCAGUUUGUGCCUUGUGCUGCUCCUCCAGCCAACACUCUUCCAUCCAGCCACAACCCGCACCAGAAACACCUCAAGGAGCAACACUAACCUCACAAGAAUUAGCUCUCCAAGAAUGUUGUAGAUGUCAGCGCAAAGAGCACGAGUUUGAGGCUAAGUUAAAAGAAAUGGACUUGAAAUUAAGGGAAUCAGAAUUAGACUUGAAACACAAAGAGGGUGCUUUGAAAGAUGCUGAUCUAAAACUUAAAGAAAUGGAGAUGAAAAUAAAAGAGGUGGAAUAUAUGAUUAAACAAAAACAAUUGGAAGCAUUGCAAAAUCAGUGAAAUAAAGUUAAGGAUAUAA